GCUAUCGUAGAGAGCAAGAAGAACAAUCUCAAUCCCUUCUCGCUCGCUCUCUCUCUCUCUCGAUAAAAUCUCAGAAAUCAAUCACAAACGAGAAAAGCCAAGCGGCGCGAACAGCGUAGACGAAAUACAACCCUCGUCGUUUUUCCCUUCGCAAAUUAAACUGACUUUGAUGCAUUGUAGGUGUAACUUGAGUCAGUUAUGGCGUCCAAAUUGAAACAAUUGCAAUCCACGGCAUGUCAAGUUCAGAAACUGGUGGCAAAGCAUGGAACUGGAUACUACAAGCAGUUGUUGGAGGAGAACAAGCAGUACAUUCAGGAGCCACCCACUCUGGAGAAAUGCAACCUCUUGUCCAAGCAGUUGUUCUACACUCGUCUUGCUAGUAUUCCUGGUCGUUACGAGUCAUUCUGGAAGGAACUUGAUCACGUCAAGCAUUUGUUGAAGAACAGGAAUGAACUGAAGGUCGAGGAUGUUGGAAUUGCCGCUCUCUUUGGACUCGAGUGCUUUGCAUGGUUUUGUGGAGGUGAGAUUGUUGGAAGGGGCUUUACAAUUACAGGAUACUACCCAUGAGAACGACCAGUUGGAAAAUGUGUUUCGGAUAUUGAUGUUUGAGAGAGUUCUGUCAACAUUACAGUGAUUUAAGUCGCUGGCACUCUACAUGCUAGAUUUUGUUUUUUCUUUUUCUUCGUGUUUUCAAAAUUUUGAUGCUGAGGAAUUAAUAGUCUGAGGCCGGAUCGCUUUUAAUAAUCCUCAUGUUCGGUAAUUUCUCCCGCCCGUGUGAAAGUGACUGAUGGGUAAACUUCAUAGUUUUUUCGUUAUUCUUGUUGAAGCUUCUGCAACUUGUGAUGCUCCAAGUUUA